CCUGGCCAACAAGCAGAGCUGUAAUAAAUUUGAAUUUUGACUCUGACUCCAAGGAGCUGGAUGGGGCCAGGAGAAGCAAGAAGAAGUCAGUGGGACUUUCCCACCGCCCCCACGAGACAGGGUGGCCCAGGUGUUUUUCCAGCACCAGGUGACGUGGAUGCUUUCCUCUAGGGGGCCUUGGUUCACGUGUGCCACACAGGAAACCUGGAAGUGAAAGUAAGAAAGCAAAUUGGGCACAGAUCAAGCGGACUUCCUUCCGAAUGCCUGCUGUGGGACUCGGCGUCCUGCUGGUGUUUUUUGCUUCUUUCCAGCCCACUCAAGGUGAAGACCUCCAGCCACCUCAGAACCUCACUUUUGUCUCAAAGGAUUACAGUGUGUUCGUGAAAUGGUUGCCGCCGGAUGGAUCCCCACCGGGAGUGUCCUAUACUGUCCUUUGGAUAGAGAGUUUUGAUCAUCAGUGGGAGGAAGUACAGCAUUGCCAAAAUAUCACUGAAACCAUUUGCAAUAUGACCUGUGUGUUUCAAGAACCAAGCAACCGAUACUGGGUCAAGGUGGAAGCUCAAAGCAGAACCGGGGCUGGAUCCAUCCCAUCGGUGCCUGAAAGCAUCGACUACAUCCUUCAGGUGCAACUUGCUCCUCCAGUUCUCAGAGUAAAAUAUACCAGAAAUAUCCUUGGCGUGAACGUUUCUUUCACCUACCCUUCUUGUUUGAAGGACGUCUUUCAGUCUCUGACAUAUGAUUUGGAGAUUUGGAGAGGUGAAUUCCAGAAAUUGGUGACAUUACAGAACACUCACGAGCCUUCAGUGGAGGUCAACACAACAGAUUGGCUCCAUGGGGAACACUGUCUUCGUGCCCGAACAUCCUUUAGAAAUGAAGACAAGUGGAGUAAUUUCUCGGAACCAGUUUGCCUGUGGUUGCCUGAAGAAAGAAAAUGGGAAAUGGUUGCCAUUCCUUUGCUUGUUAUAUUGGCCACUGGUGCUGUGUUGCUUAUCUUCUGUUAUAACCACACGAUCAAGCAAGUUGAGAUGCCUUCAGCUUUGGAUUUUCCUAAGUACCAGCACCCAACGUACCUGCUGAAAUUUAAUGAAAGGGAGUUGACCAUACAGAAAGUCAACUUUAUUCUGGAACCGAAUAUCACACCUGCCCUGUCAACUCUUUCAGUGGAUUCUUUAUCAAAAGAAAGUGAAGACAGCGAGGAUGAGGAUGAUAGUAGUAGCCACAUUCCUUACACAAAAACUCUUCGAUUCCAGAAGAAGGAUGAAAACUGCUCAACGGUUGGCACUUUUCCAACAUGUUCCGGCUCUUCUUCUGGAUCUGGAGAUUCUCAGCUAAGUGGAGAAAGCUGGCCAGCUGCAACAAUGUCAAAGCCCUUUUUUACAGCAGAAUGGAUGACAACGGAUGCUUCUUCGGGACUCUUAGAGAAGACUUUCCUUUCUGAGGACUCCAUUAUGGAUGAAUCAGUUAGCUUUGCAGAUGACUUCUCAGCUCCUAGUAGAGAAGGUCAAGAAAUUACAAACAGAGAUGUCGACUUUUUGAACCAGUUAAUAUUAUCAGAAAGUCACGACUUGUGCUUUUCCACAGGUUUGGAAAUUAGAACUGGAGGAGUCCAAUGCAGAAGCAUUUGUGCAAGUCUAGAAAACUCACAGACAUCUCUUUGUAGUCAGCCUGAAAGGCAGUUUAUAGAAGAAUGGAGAUGUGAAAAUGACUCUAACAAUCAUGAGUCUGUCUGGCAAGAAACAUCUCUGCUUGAGGUGUCUUGUAAAGACAGGGUUGAAAAUGGAGAACAGGUUGAAAACAACACUCUGAAAUCUACAGGCCACAAUUAUCAACCCAGACAAGGACAUUACAUUUCAAGAACCUGAUGCCAGUUACUGGUAUGUAUUCUAAGAGUUAGAGAAGAUCUUGCCAUGAUUUUUCUAAAAGAUCCUUUGGUGGGAGUUGUACUUUAAAAAUCUCAGUCAAAUUCUGUUUGAAAUCAGAAUGAACCAAACAGGACAGAGAUUAUAGUUACAUUCUAUUUCUAGUUGCCAUAUUCUUCCAUUACAUCUUAUUCUACAAAACAAAACAAAGCAAAACUGAACUUUCCUAAGUGAAAUUCCAUUGAGAUUGAAAACCGGAACAGUGGUGUCCAUUAGUGAUUUUGUCAUGGAAAUUAGAAUUUUCCUAUGGAGAAUUGGAAUUCUUGGAAAAAUGAGUGUUGUUUCCCGACUGACUAUUGGGAUGUUCAGCUAAAAAAUAUCAUAUUUUGGAUAUCCAUAUCCAUUUCUCCAUUUGUGAAUAGUUGGAUAUGUUUUCCCCAUUUAUUUUAGUCUUUUUUUGAACAGUGAUUUCUAAUCAGAACUGUAACUAGCCAUUUGCAAGUCUCUUUAGUGUCCACAAAUUGGUUUAAGCUUGCUGACACCAAUAUGUGAACAAAUAACAGUUCAGUCUGAGAUCAAGAAUUGAGAACAGGAAAUACAGAAGGUUCUUGUGGAAGCAUUAAGGAUUGCAUUAUGUGAGCUAAUCCAGACUGGUGCUGUUCUUUUAAGGUGAAAGGCAUAGUUUCUAGAAUUGAGGAAGAGAUAAAGAUAAUAUCUCCCUCUUUUAGAGAAAGUUCUUUCAGCCUCAAACUAGGCCUUAAUAACCUUUUUUUCAUCAACUCAUUGCAAAGGCAAAAAAGAAAUGUCAGAUAUGCUCUUUAUUGUGCAAUUGUAUGCACACAAACUUGGAUCUAAGUUUAUAUUGAAGUGAAAUACCAAUAAAGGAAAAUACCUGUAGCUAAGGGUUGAAAUUAGGGGGUCCUUGGUGUUCUCUGAGCUUGUUUUGUUUUCUUGCAGGCAUUUCAUCACCCAACUAGAUAACAUCAUCAGUGCUAGUGCUGCUAGUACUGCUAAAUGCUAGGGAUGUUAUUACUGAUGACGUUACCUAGUUUGAGCAAUGAAAUGCCUGCAAGAAAAAAAGCAAUCUCAGAGAGCACCAAGGACGCCUAACUGUGAAGUAUUUCAAACCAAGAGCCGCUCUUAGAUUCUAAAUAUUAUUAUAAAAUGUCUUUGUGUUUUAUGCCUUCAUUUACAUCUCAUAUUGAGAUUGCCAUGUUGUGUCUCUCAUUGGUUGGGGCAACAAAAUUCAUGGACCAUUGUAGUUCAGAGUUGAACUAUAACUCUUUGGUGCCCUGUAAUACCGGAAGUGAUGAAA